AUGGUCCCUGGUUUCCAAACCCGGUGGUGGUUAGAAACCACUCCCCUCCCUUUGUCAUCUACCAACCUUGAUCCCCUCCCACCUCCUGCCUCCCUCCCACCGUUGGUUUCAAUCACCAGCGAGGAUUGGAAACCACAAGGCUCCAACUGUGGAGCUGGUUCCAAAAGAAUGGGUCCGGGCUCGUUCGAUACGGAAAAGAGAAACGUUUCAAACCAGCCUAAGUUGAGAGGGGCAUAG